UUGUACUUCCGUGUGCAGCGGCGCGGGAGCGGCAGGCGGCGGCGCCGGGAUCCCCGAGCGACCCCCGGCAUCCGCCCGCCGCGCCGAGGCCCGGGCGUACCUCACCGGCCGCCCGGCCCGCCCGGGUCGGGCCCACACCGACCCCCGUCCGCACGCGCCCCGGAGCCGCGCCGGGAGCCGGACCCCAGCCGCCGGGACCCCUGGCGCCUGGCCCUGCGCCCGGAGGUCUGCCAGCAACUGGCCCAGCCCCACUGCAGGCCCCAACAUGGCGCCGUUCCUGCGCAUUGCCUUCAACUCCUACGAGCUGGGCUCCCUGCAGGCUGAGGAUGAGGCAAACCAACCCUUCUGUGCCGUGAAGAUGAAGGAGGCGCUCAGCACAGACCGUGGGAAGACGCUGGUGCAGAAGAAGCCCACCAUGUACCCUGAGUGGAAGUCGACGUUCGAUGCCCACAUCUACGAGGGCCGCGUCAUCCAGAUUGUGCUGAUGCGGGCCGCCGAGGAGCCGGUGUCCGAGGUGACCGUGGGCGUGUCAGUGCUGGCCGAGCGCUGCAAGAAGAACAAUGGCAAGGCCGAGUUCUGGCUGGACCUGCAACCCCAGGCCAAAGUAUUGAUGUCUGUGCAGUAUUUCCUGGAAGACAUAGAUUGCAAGCAGUCUGUUAGGGCUGAAGACGAGGCCAAGUUCCCAACAAUGAACCGCCGUGGAGCCAUCAAACAGGCCAAAAUCCACUACAUCAAGAACCAUGAGUUUAUCGCCACCUUCUUUAGGCAGCCCACCUUCUGUUCUGUGUGCAAAGACUUUGUCUGGGGUCUCAACAAGCAAGGCUACAAAUGCAGGCAAUGCAAUGCUGCCAUCCACAAGAAAUGCAUCGACAAGAUCAUCGGUCGGUGCACUGGCACCGCGGCCAACAGCCGGGACACCAUAUUCCAGAAAGAACGUUUCAACAUUGACAUGCCGCACCGGUUCAAGGUUUACAACUACAUGAGCCCCACCUUCUGUGACCAUUGUGGCAGCCUGCUCUGGGGGCUGGUGAAGCAGGGAUUAAAGUGUGAAGACUGUGGCAUGAACGUGCACCAUAAGUGCCAGAAGAAGGUGGCCAACCUCUGUGGCAUCAACCAGAAGCUCUUGGCUGAGGCACUGAACCAAGUCAGCCAGAGACCCACCCGGAAGUCGGAGUCUGGGCCUCCGGAGCAUUUCGGGAUCUACCAGAAUUUUGAGAAGAAGCCAGGAGUCUCUGGAGAUGAUGCCCCAGGUGAAGCUAAGGCCCAUUUCUCCCAGGAAAGCCCUAUCUCCCCACAGGGGCUCAGGAUGGAGCCUAGCCUCCCUCCUCUGUCAAACCACAGUACCUACGGCAAGAUCUGGGAGGGCAGCAACAGAUGCAACAUUGAGAACUUCACCUUCCACAAGGUCCUGGGCAAAGGCAGCUUCGGGAAGGUGCUGCUUGCAGAGCUGAAGGGCAAAAAGGAGUUCUUCGCCAUCAAGGCCCUCAAGAAGGAUGUGGUUCUGAUUGAUGAUGACGUGGAGUGUACCAUGGUGGAGAAGCGGGUGUUGGCGCUCGCCUGGGAGAAUCCCUUUCUCACCCACCUCUUAUGUACAUUCCAGACCAAGGACCACCUGUUCUUCGUGAUGGAGUUCCUCAACGGGGGAGACCUGAUGUACCACAUCCAGGAUAAAGGCCGCUUUGAACUCUACCGUGCCACGUUUUAUGCAGCUGAGAUAAUCUGUGGACUACAGUUUCUACACAACAAGGGGAUCAUUUACAGGGACCUCAAGCUGGACAAUGUGAUGCUGGACCAGGAUGGCCACAUCAAGAUUGCCGACUUUGGGAUGUGCAAGGAGAACAUAUUCGGGGAGAAACAGGCCAGCACCUUCUGCGGCACCCCUGACUAUAUCGCCCCCGAGAUCCUGCAGGGCCUGAAGUACUCGUUCUCCGUGGACUGGUGGUCCUUUGGAGUCCUUCUCUAUGAAAUGCUCAUUGGUCAGUCCCCCUUCCACGGUGACGAUGAGGAUGAACUCUUCGAGUCCAUCCGUAUGGACACACCACAUUAUCCCCGCUGGAUCACCAAGGAGUCCAAGGACAUUCUGGAGAAGCUGCUUGAAAGGGAUCCAACCAAGAGGCUGGGAGUGACAGGGAACAUCAAAGCCCACUCCUUCUUCAAGACCAUCAACUGGACUCUGCUGGAGAAACGUGCGGUGGAGCCGCCCUUCAAGCCCAAAGUGAAGUCCCCUGGAGACUACAGCAACUUCGACCAGGAGUUCCUGAACGAGAAGCCACGCCUCUCCUACAGCGACAAGAACCUCAUUGACUCCAUGGACCAAGCAGCCUUUGCUGGCUUCUCCUUCGUGAACCCCAAAUUUGAGAGGCUCCUGGAAAACGUGCAUCUUGCAAUUGCGGUGCUGUGUGACCAGUGGGAAGCACCACUGCAGGCUGCUCCUCUACGUGGGCCACUGCCUCCCCGAAAGUGGGGCAACUGGGGACCCUGAGGAUGAUGGACAGGCUAGUUGCUGAGGUAUGUGUCCCUGAGAUCAGCUAAAAUUGAAUUCCUGGUGGGGUCUAAACUUCAGACCACCUCAUCCCCAGCCUGGUGGACCCAGGCUCAAGCUUGUCUCUCAAUAACCUCUUGUUAGGGGUAAGGGGCCUCAUCCAGCUCUGAGUCGGGCGGUGGUUUUUUCAGUCUUAGGAGCAUGGAGGAGUAGAGGUGAAAACUUCCUGAAUUUAAGGUGCGGCGUAUGGACACAAAGUUUUUGUUCAAACUCUGGUCAGCUGCCACCUCUCCCCAUGAAAAUAUGUGAAAAAUAUAUUUAUUCAAUGUUCAGAUCUGAAGUCAUGGAACGGAACAUAAAAAAAGGGGCCAUGUCCAACUCAGUGUACUAAUAAAGUCACCUUUGGUACUUUGACGAAGACUGAGGCAGAAACGGACAUAUUUGAGGAAGAGCGUUUGCGACACUGGAAACUGUGCUGUUCUUUGGCGGGGGUGAAGUCAGAUGAAUGGGGGUCCACUCUGGGCUUCCUCCACCCCAGGCCCAGGGGGGUGUUGGGGGGUAGUCAGUGGCCUCUGAUGAAUUUCUGCUCCCUUUUCUAAGAACCUUCCCCUUUGAAUUGGAAUAUCUUCCUAGAUAUUUUCCUUUUUCUCUUAAACGUCACAUUCAGACAUCCAGAACCACGUGCCCUGGGAGAGCAAGGGUGAACCGUGAACUUGGCACAUCUGGGGGCUGUUAUGCA